AUGUCAGGUCUCACCGUUCCCACUCAUGGGAACCUAGUCGCAUCCAAGACCCUUGACGGCCACACUGGCUGGAUCUGGGACGUCACUCCUUCUCGCAAUGGCGAACUCGCCUCCGUCUCAAAUGACAUGACCAUCCGUCUCUGGAACGCCAAUACCGGUCUCCAGCGCGGCCCGGCUAAAGAUAACGGCCACUCAAACUGGGUUCGUGCUGUGCGUUUCUCCCCCACUGGCCGUCUGCUGGCUACCGCUUCUGAUGAUAUGACCGUUCGCAUCAGAGAUGCCAAUACCGGCUUCACUUACCGCACGCUCCAGGGCCACACGGGCAAAGUGCGUGCUGUGGAGUUUUCCCCGGAUGGGAAAACCCUUGCGUCUGCUUCGGAUGAUUUUUCCGUCAGAUUGUGGAAUGCGGCUGAAGGGUCGCUACUCAAAAUCCUCGACGGUCACUCUGGUUGGGUGCGCUCUGUGGCUUUUUCGCCUAAUGGGAAAACUCUUGCUUCAGCUUCGGAUGAUAAUUCAGUUCGGCUCUGGGAUACAACUUCCGGAAAGGAAAUUCUUUCUUUGGGUGGCCAUGACUCUUCGAUUCGGGUCGUUUGCUUUUCUCGGGAUGGGAAGCUGCUCGUAUCUGGAUCGCAGGACAAAACGCUGCGCAUUUGGGAUACGACUUCGGGCGAUUUGCUAGGCGUUCUCAAGGGGCACUCGGGUCCUUUGCGAACUAUUGCAUUCUCGGAUGAUGGUCGCAUGAUGGCAACCGCGGCGGAUGAUCUGACUAUCCGGUUGUGGGCUGUACAAUCUGGUUCGCCGUUGGAGGUUUCCUGUGUCAGUGUUGUUACCGGUUAUUCUGGUUGGGUUCGGGCUAUCAUUGUGGAAAAUGAUGGCAGUAUGGUGGUCUAUACGUCUGAUGAUAUGACUAUCAAGAUAUGGAGAUCGGUGUGA